CUUCAUCGCAUUGAUGCAAGUUGUGUGGAAUACAUUAGUCAUUUGCAGUAUAGGAUUUGUCUUCAUAGUGAGCAAAUUAAUUGCAAAUGCAACGUAUGAAACAUUGUGGUACAAUAUGCCAUUAAAUACAGAAAAAAUUAUAAUAUUUAUAAUAAUGAGGUCUCAGAAGCGACUGACGAUCACAGCAGGAAAAAUGAUAGAUAUGUCUUUUGAUACUUUUACGAAUAUCAUGAAAGCAUCAGCGUCUUAUAUAUCUGUUUUGAAUGCUAUAUAUUGAUAUCAUCAAGAACUUUUUUAAAUUUAGAACUAUUGAUAUCAUCAAGAACUAAAAUUUAUA